AUGUCCGCCUCAAGAACCCAAGUUCUCCAACUAUACAGAAACUUGCUUCGUGCCAGUCAUGAAUUUGAGUCGUACAAUUUCCGAGAGUUCUUUCUAAGGAAGACUAGAAAAGACUUUAAGCAGUUUAGAGGUGUUGAAGACAACAAGAAGUUUUAUAAGGAAGGAUUAAAACAGUUAGGGAUAAUUAGAAGACAAUCCAUGAUAUCACAGAUGUAUCCAUUUGAAAAGAUGGUUGUGGAGAGAGUUGACGAGAAGCACCAUGAAAUUCCAGAAGCUGUUGAAGCUCGAGAUGAGAGAAAGAUCUGA